AUGCUGGGUGUGGAAAUGUACCCGAGUUUGGCCCUGGGACCUCAGAGACUGAGCGACUGCUAUUAUAGAGAUCGUGAACCCGCAGCACAUGUGCCGUUGUAUCCCACCUCAUGCGACAUGGCGGCCCGUGGGCUUCCCGCUCGACUGCUGCCCCCUCCUGCCACUGCGGACACUCCUGGGACGCCACAGGAUAAGGUCAAAAUGGAGCUGGAGAACGCGUCCCUGUGGAAGCAGUUCAGCACAGUUGGCACUGAGAUGAUUGUAACUAAGAAGGGCAGGAGAAUGUUUCCACAGCUGCGAAUGAAGCUGUCAGGGCUGAACCCAACUCUGCGUUACAUUCUUCUUUUAGACAUCGUGCCUGUUGAUUCCUCUCGCUAUCGUUUCCAAGACAACAGCUGGCAGGUGGUUGGCGGCGCUGAGGCUCGGCUGCCAGACCGCGUCUUCAUCCACCCCGACUCUCCCGCGACUGGAGAACACUGGCAGAAUCGAAGCAUCUCCUUCCACCGGGCCAAACUCACCAAUAACACUCUGGACGCACAAGGAUAUAUCAUUCUCCAUUCCCUACAUCGAUACCAGCCACGAGUGCAUGUGAUCGAGGCCCGUGAUGUGCUGAUGUGGGGAAGAGCCCAGCACUCUUUCACCUUCCCAGAAACACAGUUUAUCACGGUCACUGCAUACCAGAACAGCAAGAUCACUGAACUGAAAAUAAACUCAAAUCCUUUUGCAAAAGGUUUUAGAGAGAAUGGCAUGAACUGCAAGAAACAAAGAGAUGCAAGGCUGAAGAGGAAAAUUACAUGCAAUCAAGAGGAAUCUUUGGAUAUUGAGUCAUGUGACCCAUGUGAUUCCACUGAGCUCCUCCCACAAUCAGUGGAACUCCCAAGCUCCGCCCUCUCCAUUAUAAACUCCACCCUCCCAAUUGCAGACUCAGGUUUCCACACACAAGUACCAUCCCUCACAGAUCAGACAGUCUCUGACCAACCACUUGUCCUUGGACAAUCAUUCUUGACCUCUGAGAUUCCCUCUUCAAUGGAAAGCCAUCCACAGACAACCCCUGAAAAUAAUGUGAACAACACACUGAUGGAUGGGUCUGGUCAAAUGAUGGACCUUCCUGGAUACACAUCGACUUUCCCAACGGCUCAUCUCAGCUCUUCAUCACAUGCCUCAGUGCCUUUGCAUCAGUCACCUUCCAUCUAUUCCAUGGUGUCCUCUUCACAAAACUCUGGCCUUGAGCUCCCCCAGCCCUCCACAAUUGCAUCGACACCCUCUAUGUCCACAUAUUCCUCUUUACCUUCAUCAGACUAUCCUGGUCUAAAUUCCUCUACGACCUCUCCCCCAGGCUCUUCGUACCCUCCCAUCUCUCACUCCACCUCUCCACACCUUCUCUCCUCGUCUUCCUACCACUCUAUUCUUCCAACAGACCAAUCCCAAGACAACCUAAGUCCCCAUACACCCACAAAUCCACCUUUCCAAACUAUCCCCGCCUCUUGUCAAGGUUCUGGGUUGACUAUUGACCCUGGCCAAAAUCAGGUGGACGAUGGUGGAUUGAGCUCAUCCAAUGAAACAACUCCUGCCAUCCAAAACCCAACCCAAACAGCCUUUCCCUUCCCUCCAGUGCAGUCCUCAAAUGACCCAGAUCCAACAUCCCCUCAAUGUCAAAGUUUGCCCCAAUCUGCCCUACCCUUCGAACCGGUGUCGCAGUGCAACCCUGAUCAAAUUCCCACCCCUUCUGACUCAAAUAUUACCCCAACUGCAUUCCCCACCCCUAACUCCAUGGCAAACCCAUCAGCCUUCCCAUUUCCCCCUUUUCAACAGAUCCCCAACCUCAACAUGAGUACCCCUGGAUCUGCUCAAACUCCAACAACUUUUUCUAUUCCAGUUUCCCAAUCCUCAGGUCUGUGCACCAUUUCAGCAAUUCCAAACCCAAUUUAUUCCACUGGAUCCUUCUCCUUUCCUUCCACCAAUGUUAUCCAUCAAGGCCCCAUGCAGUCGGUUUCCAACACACUGCACCAUACCACAGCAUACCCGGUCACCUCAUUCCCAGCAUCUCUGCCAAAACACCCUACUCAUGGCCCUCUCCAAAAUCCUGCACCAACAUCAUCUCACACCUCUUACUCCUUCCCAACUUCUGCUCAACAUCCUCUUCAGAGUCUGACUCUGCCCUCGUCUAACUCCAUCUAUAGUGUCCCUGCGAUCCCAAACCCAAACCAAAUUCAAUCUACCUUUACCCCGUCAUACCCUAAUCCCUCCUUCCCCCAAGUUGGAAACCCCACUCAAAUCACCACCCAGUCCUUUCACCCAAGUACCCCUCAAUUAAAUCCCCCACUUCCAAUCUCAAACCAUCCACAAUGUCCCACCUCAUCAAACGCCUACCCUUCUGUAGCUCCAACUGAGAUCGGCACCUUCUCACAGCUCAAUUCUGCUGCCCCCUACCUGCCAGAUAUGGUACUGCACCCUUCCUUGCUCCCUCCUUUUGAUCCCUCGCUCCCCACCCCUGCUCCCCCGUCCCUUUAUAACGCUUUCCCUUCCUACUCACUCCGUCUUUGCCAGGAUCCUCGAUCCUCCCUGCAUUUACCCCUCAGGCAUAUUUAUAGACAGCCGCAGCAUUCUCAUGGUCAGGGGCCCUACUUUGACAUUGGUGGAAGAGCAGUUUUCUGAAGAUAAACAGAAAAAUAACGUGUAAGGCAAGGAUACUGCAUCAGUCAAUUACUUUGCUCUGAAGAUGAUGGAAGCACUAAUGGGAGACCCACAUCCCAAACAUUGCAGUAGUUUAAAAUGUAAAACUUAUUGGUGCUUAUGGUUGAAAAAGAAGAUCUUAAUUAUGCUGCUCAUAGUUAGAAGUACAUUUUAUCCUAACAAACGGUUGAUGAAGUUCAAUAAAGCUGUAUAUUUCAAGUUCUAAUUUCUCUUUGUAUUCUUA